AUGUCCUACUACUACGAGCAGCGCAAGCAGCCCUGCCUGCCCCCUUCCAUCUGCCUGCAGAAAUGCUCCAAGUGCCCCGAGCCCUGCUCCACCCAAUGCGUUGAGGUCUGCCAGGCCCCCUGCGCCACCAGCUGCGCCACCCAGUGCGUGGAGCCCUGUGCCACCCAGUGUGCCACCACCUGCGUCCCCCAGUGCGUGGACGUCUGCCCCACCCAGUGCUCCACCAGCUGCGCCCCGCAGUGCGCCGACGUUUGCGUCCCGCAGUGCGUGGACGUUUGCUCCACCCAGUGCUCCACCAGCUGCGCCCCGCAGUGCGUGGACGUCUGCGCCACCCCGUGCGCCACCCAGUGCUCCACCAGCUGCGCCCCGCAGUGCGUGGACGUCUGCGCCACCCAGUGCUCCACCAGCUGCGUCCCCCAGUGCGUGGACGUCUGCCCCACCCAGUGCCCCGCCCAGUGCGCUGAGCCCUGUGUCACCAAGUGCGUGGAGCAGUGCCAGGCCGACGUUUGCAGCACCAAGUGCGUGGAGAAGUGCGAGACCGUGUGCCUGGAGCCCUGCCCACGCUCCUGCUGA